AAUCUACCUUUUCAGUUCUGUCCCCAACAGGCUUCGGGGAUGAAGGCUGCGGGCAUCCUGGCCCUGAUUGGCUGCCUGGUCGCAAGCACUGAGUCCAAAGUGUACACGCGCUGCAAACUGGCGAAAAUAUUUUCGAGGGCCGGCCUGGACAAUUACGCGGGCUUUAGCCUUGGAAACUGGAUCUGCAUGGCGUACUACGAGAGCGGCUACAACACCACGGCGCAGACGACCCUGGACGAUGGGAGUGUCGACUACGGCAUUUUUCAGAUAAACAGUUUCACGUGGUGCAGAUAUGAAAAGCUGCAAGAGAAGAACCACUGUCAUGUUGCCUGCUCAGCCUUGAUCACUGACGACCUCACAGAUGCGAUUAUUUGUGCCAAGAAAAUUGUUAAAGAGACGCAAGGGAUGAACUACUGGCAACGCUGGAAGAAACACUGUGAGGGCAAAGACCUGUCUGAGUGGAAGAGAGGGUGCGAGGUCUCAUAA